GGCUCGCACAAGAUCAGAUCGUUUUGCUGAAAAUUGAAAACAUUUGAGCAAGUUGGUUGUAGCUGUUUGUUGUGUUCUUAACAAAAGGCGGCGUAAAAUGGCGGACGACUUACAGAACUAUAAGCUUCAGCUGCAGCAGGUAGAGGCUGCACUGUUGACUGAUCCGGAAAAUGCUGAGCUGUUGAAACUAAAACAAGAUCUGGAAGAAGUGAUCGAGCUAACGAAGGACCUGAUAAAGGCGCAGCAGGAACCGGAGCAAAAGAAAUCUGCAUACAUCGAGCCAACGACGAGCAGCUAUCUUGACGGCGUCUCGGGGGCAGACAAAAAACAAGCGAAACCAGCAAAGGUAUGGAAGGUGGGUGAUAAAUGUUCUGCUAAGUGGAUUGAAGACGGACAGUACUAUGAUGCUACCAUAGAGUCGAUUUCGGAGACCGGAGAGGUGAGCAUCGUAUUCGAAGCGUACCAGAACCGAAGUACUACCACCAUCAGUGAGCUGAAGGAACGGAAGACCAGGAACGAGGUGUUCCCGGCCAACAGUAAUAAGCGAAUGCGGCACAAUCAGAAAGAAUAUCUGAAGAAAAAGAAGAUGAAAAAGGUUCAGCGAUUCAAGGAGCUCGAAGAGGAACGGGAGUGCGAGAAGAACAAAUGGCUACAGUUUACUGCAAAGUCCUCGAAGAAGGCCGGCGUGAAGCCGAAAAGUAUUUUCGCGUCUCCGGAAAAUGUAAACGGUCGGGUCGGAAUAGGUACCUGCGGCGUGUCCGGAAAACCGAUGACAGAAUUCUCACACGGAGAAAAGUACCGAAAAGGAGUUUAAACUUUCCUUAUAUCUUUGCGAAAAUAUUAUCAAUCUAUCAUCAUAAUGUUUGUUUUAUUGUGGAUUGCUCCUGGAGAAGACCUGGGUGUUGAUUUUACGACAAAUUUCGCUAUACAGUCUGUUUAGUGCCCUGAAGCUCCAUACUAUAAGUCCAUGAAUUAAAACCGUGAAAACCUUUUAAAGCCCUUGAUAUUUCUUAUCACAGGCAAACAGUCGCAUUAAUCCUUAUUCGGAUGAUUUUUACAUUGAUAACAAUUAUUAAGUUAAGAAAAUGCUUACUGAUUUGAAGGAGAAAUAAAAAAAGCUAAAC